AUGGCCGAGUUCCCGAAUCUCGGAAAGCAUUGCGAGAGCACAAUUUGUAAUCGACUCGGUAAGCGCAAAAAUUCAAGAAAGAUAUGAAAUUUUCAUUUAACUGUUUCAGAUUUUCUUCCAAUCAAAUGCUCCAGCUGUGCGCAUUUCUACUGCUCCGAGCACUACACUUUUGAGGCGCACAACUGUCCGACAGGCUCCCGAAUUGUAAGUUUUCAUCUUUUUAGAAAAAGUGCCUGAAAGCUGGCAUAUUUCAGUCCGUCCAAGUUCCAAUAUGUCCAAUUUGUGAGAAGCCGGUGCCCACGCCCAAAGACACGAACGUCGAUUAUCAGGUGAGAGAAACUAAAAGCUUCCGCUCAUUUGUUCUAUUUUCAGGUCAAUCUUCACAUUCAGAACAACUGUCGCCUUCCACAACGCACGAAAGUUUACUCGAAUGCGUGCUCCGUCGCAAAGUGUCGGAAAAAGGAGAUGGUGGCGAUGGAGUGCUCGAAAUGCCGCAGCAAUUACUGUCUUUCGCAUCGGCACGAACGAGAUCACAGUUGUGAGCGGAAAACAGCCGAGCUGCAGAAGCUGAACACGCAGAAGAAAGCGUCCUGGGCUGAUUCGUCAGUUUUUUCUCAAUUUUAUUAACCUCAUCCCUUCCUAGUUCCAGAUUCUUAACGAUCACCCGCUCCCGCAUGAAUCCGUGUGCUUCUCAGGCUAGAAAUGUCCAGUCAACUGCCGUAAGUCGUCCUUUCUUCUUAACUGUUCCAUAUGAUUGAAGUUUCAGAACGAUGAAGCAUUGGCGCGAUCUCUGCAACAAGAAGAGUACAAUCGGACGGUUCCUAAUCGAAAUUCCAACAAUUCGGGCCAAAAUUGCAUUGUUUCCUGAGAAAAUAACAACUCGAACUCGCCUAUUUUUUGUACAUUCUGUCCCAAUUCUCUUCUUUACUAGUACUCUAGUACUGUCAUCCCCCAUUUCCCUACUACAUUCUGUCCAUAUCGCACAUUCACCAGUCCAAAAUGUACUUCAUUGCCUCUCGAUCAUUGAUGACGGAACUUUAUUGCAGAAAAAGACGAGGAUAA